GUAGCGCCGUAGAGAGCCGUGGGCGUUACGCGCCUCAUAGUGCGUAGCUCCAGCUCCAGCAAAGAAGGGGAGGGAAUGUCGGCGAGUCAAUGAUCGGUUUUUGAGGCGGCAGGGAGCGUCAACGUUAUGGCUCAGCAAAAGAAUCUGGAAGGAUAUGUUGGCUUUGCAAGCCUCCCGAACCAAGUGUACAGGAAGUCUGUGAAGAGGGGCUUUGAGUUCACCCUGAUGGUCGUUGGCGAGUCGGGGUUGGGCAAAUCCACAUUGAUCAACUCUCUGUUCCUCACAGACCUGUAUUCAGCAGAGUACCCCGGUCCUUCACAUCGAAUCAAAAAGACCGUGCAGGUGGAGCAGUCCAAAGUUUUAAUAAAGGAAGGCGGCGUCCAGCUGCUGCUCACAAUAGUCGACACCCCGGGGUUCGGAGAUGCCGUCGACAACAGCAACUGCUGGCAGCCGAUCAUCGACCACAUAGACAGCAAGUUCGAAGACUACCUGAACUCAGAAUCCCGGGUGAACAGACGACAGAUGCCCGACAGCCGAAUCCACUGCUGCCUGUACUUCAUCGCCCCCUCAGGACACGGACUGAAGCCCUUGGACAUCGAGUUCAUGAAGCGGUUGCAUGAGAAAGUCAAUGUCAUCCCACUGAUCGCCAAAGCAGACACCCUCACCCCCGAGGAGUGCCUGCAGUUCAAGAAACAGAUCAUGCGAGAAAUCCAAGAGCACAAAAUCAAGAUCUACGAGUUCCCCGAGACGGAUGACGAAGAAGAGAACAGGCUGGUGAAGAAGAUCAAGGACAAGUUGCCGCUGGCUGUAGUAGGAAGCAACACCAUCAUCGAGGUGAACAGCAAGAGGGUCCGAGGUAGACAAUACCCCUGGGGGGUUGCAGAAGUUGAAAACAGCGACCACUGCGACUUCACCAUCCUCAGGGACAUGCUCAUCAGGACUCACAUGCAGGACCUGAAGGACGUGACGAACAACGUCCACUACGAAAACUACCGCAGCAGGAAGCUCGCCGCCGUCACCUACAACGGAGUAGAUAACAACAGGGCCAAAGGCCAACUGUCCACCAAACUUGACACAGUUGAUGGAAUGAGUCCUCUGGCCCAGAUGGAGGAGGAACGGCGAGAGCACGUGACCAAGAUGAAGAAGAUGGAGAUGGAGAUGGAGCAAGUGUUUGAGAUGAAAGUCAAGGAGAAGGUGCAGAAACUCAAAGACUCUGAAGCUGAGCUCCAGAGGCGUCACGAGCAGAUGAAGAAGAACCUGGAGGCUCAGCACAAGGAGCUGGAGGAGAAGCGGCGCGUGUUUGAGGACGAGAGAGCAAACUGGGAGGCCCAGCAGCGCCUGGAGCAGCAGAAACUGGAGGCCUCAAGGACUCUGGAGAAAAACAAAAAGAAAGGCAAGAUCUUCUAAAGGACCGCCGGCAGGACCACCCCGGCUCCAGUCACUUUUGUUUGCCAACGUUGCCGGUCAGGACGCCAGUGUGUGGCACUGACAUCACCCACCUCCUCUUCCUCCUCCUCCUCCUCUUCCUCCCCUCCUUCUCUCCUCCUCUCCCCUCCAUGUCCCCCCUUUACUCUGUCUGCCAGCACAGCUGUGCUCCUGCUCCCAGCCACUAGAGGGGGGUUACCGGGGGGUAUAAUGGGGUUACGUGAGGAGGUGGAUGGCGUCUACACGACCCCCCGCGUCCUCCCCUCGCUGCCUCGGGACUCAUCAUCAUGGAAGAAUGUGUUUCCCCCUUAACAACAGUAAAAAAAAUUCCAGUUUUAGAAAAGGCCAAACCCAUAUUCUUAUUUUAAUUAUUAUUAUUAUUGAUGUUAUUA